GGGGGCCUUCCAUGAGGACGGCGCGCGAUAUGGCGGCGCCCAUGGCGAGCGCGGGAACGGAUCCCAUUGAGGACGUGCUUGGGGAGCUCCUGGGAUCCGAUGAGGAGGCCCCGGCUCCGCCCUCCCGAGGUUCCCGCCCCCCCUUCCCACAGGAUCCCAUGGAUCAGCUGGACGAGCUGGACGAGCUGGAUGCAGAAAUCCUAGGAAUGGCCAGAGCCGGGUCCAGGCUGGGGAAAUGUGGCAGGAAGGGGCCGGGUCCCCAAAAAGCCCCGCCCCCCCGUGCCGAUGUCACCUUUGGGGACGACGUCGAUGACCUGAUGGAUUCCCUGGGACUCGGCAGCGACGGAGCCGGGAGCGCGCCGGGAACGCCGGGGGGCCAGGGGCUCCAGAAGGGCCGCGCUGGGAUCCAGGAGCAGCCGGGAAAGGCGGAAUUCCGGAUGGAGCCCAAGGGGCAGGAGCAGCCAGGGGGCCGGGUGGAGCCGGGAUUUCCCUUCGGAUCCUACGAGCCCUCGGUGGCCUCGGGGACCGGGCGGAGACAGGGACGGAGGUGUUCGGUUGGGAGCAGCUCCCGUCGUCCCUCUGGGGCCGCCUGGCUGGGGCUGAAGGACGAGGAUUUCCUGGGACUGGGGGACGGGGAUCCCCUGGGACUGGGACAGAAGGACGAGGAUGCCACAGGAUUGGGAUCAAAGGACGAGGAUUUCCUUGGAGUGGGACAGAAGGACAAGGAUCACCCGGGAUUGGGAUUGAAGGACAAGGAUUUCCUGGGAUUGGGACAGAAGGACAAGGAUCCCCCGGGAUCGAAGGACAAGGAUUUCCUUGGAGUGGGAUCAAAGGACAAGGACUUCCUUGGACUGGGACAGAAGGACAAGGAUCCCCCAGGACUGGGACAGAAGGACAAAGGUUUUCUGGGACUGGGAUCGAAGAACAAGGAUUUCCCAGGAUUGAAGGACCAGGAUUUCCUGGGACUGGGAUCGAAGAACAAGGAUUUCCCGGGAUCGAAGAACAAGGAUUUCCCAGGAUUGAAGGACCAGGGUUUCCUGGGACUGGCACCAAAGAACAAGGAUUUCCCGGGAUUGAAGGACAAGGAUUUCCCGGGAUUGAAGGACCAGGGUUUCCUGGGACUGGGAUCGAAGAACAAGGAUUUCCCGGGAUUGAAGGACCAGGAUUUCCUGGGACCGAAGGCUGAGGAUGCCCCGGGCCCCGGUGCCCCUGGAUCCCCGGUGCUGCGGGAACGGCGCUGCCCUGGCCCCGCCCUGGCCCCGGAGCCGAAUUCCCACCCCCGGAGGGUCCCGGAGACCCCAGAGCCCGGCAGGCUGGAGCCCCUGCUCAGGACACGGCCCGGCGGGCAGGUGGCAGCAGACGUGCAGGAGGUGCCAGGUCAUGCCACGCUCGCUCAGGAGGAUCUGGUGUGGGAUCUAACCCUGCCACGUCCAGAGAAUGCCCGAGCUCUCCCGUCCUGGCUCUGCCCGGAGCACCCCGCAGCUUUCCCGGCCCGGAGACACCAGGAGGGUCCUGGAGCUCUGCCAUCCCAGCGGUGCCAGGAGGGUCCUGGAGCUCUGCCAUCCCAGCGGUGCCAGGAGGGUCCUGGAGCUCUGCCAUCCCAGCAGCGCCAGGAGGGUCCUGGAGCUCUGCCAUCCCAGCGGUGCCAGGAGGGUCCUGGAGCUCUGCCAUCCCAGCAGCACCAGGAGGGUCCUGGAGCUCUGCCAUCCCAGCAGCGCCAGGAGGGUCCUGGAGCUCUGCCAUCCCAGCAGCGCCAGGAGGGUCCUGGAGCUCUGCCAUCCCAGCAGCGCCAGGAGGGUCCCGGAGCUCUGCCAUCCCAGCCCCACCAGGAGGAUCUGGGAUCUCUCCCAUCCCGGCCCCACCAGGAGGAUCUGGGAUCUUUCCCAUCCCAGCCCCACCAGGAUUCCCGAACUCUCCAAUCCCACCCGUGCCAGGAGCAUCCCGGCUGUGGGAUCACCCUGCGCACCCUCCAGGCCCGGCUGGAGGAGCUGGAGAACCAGGUGCAGACUCUGGAGCGGGAGCGGGCGCGGUGGGGACGGGUCCCGCAGGACCUCCCGGAGAGCUGCCACAGACCCCAGGACCACCCCAGACCCGUGGAUCACCCCAGACCCCAGGAACACCCCAGAUCCCAGGAGCAGGACGAGCAGCUCACAGCGCUCCAGGCCAGGCUGUGCCAGCAGCAGCGGGACGCGGAGCGGGAGCGGAGCCGGCUCCAGGAGGCCAUGGCUGACUUGGAGACCAGGCUGGGAGAGCGGGAGCAGCUCCUGGAGCAGGAGCGCCGCCGCGCCGCUGCCGAGCGCUGCCGGGCGGAUUCUCUGCGGGAGGCGCUGGAGGAGCAGCGGCGGCUCUCGGCACAGCUGGUGGCCAUGGAGAGGGCGGCGCUGGACGAGGCCAAGGGAGCGUGGCUGGAGGAGCAGCGGGCGGAGCUGCGGGACCGCUCCGAGGAGCGGCGGCGCCUGGCGGCCGCCUGGGCCGAGUUCCACUCGCGGGAGCGGCUGAGCCGGGAGCGGCAGGAGCAGGACAAGGAGCGCGCCCUGGGUGUGGACUCGGCGCUGAAGAGCCUGGCCAAGGAUCAGGCAGAGCUGAAGUUCCGGAGCCGGGAGCUGAGAUCCAAGGAGGAGCAGCUGGCCAGGGACAGGGAGGAGCUGGACGAGGCCUGGAGGGAGCUGAGGCUGGAGAAGGAGAAGGUUCUGCGGGCUGAGCAGCGCCUGCAGGAGCGGGAGGAGGAGAUCCGUGACCUGGCCGAGGUAAGUGGAACAUCCAGACUGGAACUGCCAGCUGGGAGCAGAGCUGGGGCUCCACAUCCCCCUGAGCUGGGGCUCCACAUCCCCCUGAGCUGGGGCUCCACAUCCCCCUGAGCUGGGGCUCCACAUCCUCCCCUGAGCUGGGGCUCCA